CAGCCGGGAGCCCGCUGAUCGCUGCAUAUUUGUUAGAUGUGCGUUUAAAACAUUUUUGAUAUCUGGAAAUGAGUGCCAAAAAAAUGGCAUCAAAUAUGGAUGUCACGACUCAAGUUUCAUCAACACUAUGGUUGAAGUCCCUCAGUCUCAAAAAGAAGAAGCUCACACUGCCUAAGAUCCUGGCACAGCUCGGUUUCCAGCAAAGGGAAGACUAUGUGAAUAAGCUAGGACGUCCAGUGUCUUCACGAUAUUCAAAUGGACUUUUUCGGCAAUAUAACAGCAAUGGUAAAAUAUACAAUUUGACAACCAGGAUGGAAGAAGUUGUGCAGAAGGCUGAAUCUCUCAAAGAGGCUAUUGGAUUGUAUAAUCAAAGACUGGAUUGGCUGAAGAGCUCAAGUCGUCUGGUGUUUGGUGUGAUCCAAGAACAAUCAAUAACCAUUAUUCUAGACCUAAGUACAGUCUCUAAAGUACAGUAUGACUUAUGCCGUGAUGCCAUUAGUCUUGUUAUCAGAGAACAGGUGGCACAAAUUUCCAAGUUUAACCUCAUUUGGGUUUCUCAGGAGCCAGUGAAGUGGCAUCAGAAUGUUAUUCAUGUCACUCAGUAUUCCAUACAGCAAGCUGUAGAGUGGAUUUGGAAUCUUCAGCAUUCUCCAGUGGUCACUGUUGAGAGUGCAGCUGAAGCUCUAUCUGAAGCCCUGGAUGACCAGGUAGAUGCUGUAUAUUAUUUUUGUGUUGGAGAUGUUCCUGUUGGAAAGACACAGCGCCUGCUAACUUGCAUUGAAAACAGUCCAUGUCCCCUUCAUGUUGUCUCCUAUCACCCUCACAAAAUGGAAAGCAUGAUGAUGGUGAGAGAGUUAAGUCUUCGAACAUCUGGAAGGUUCCAUGUUUGGUUAGAGGAAAUGUUAACACAAGAUGAUAAAAAUCCAGAAGGGGCCAAAAAAACAACUGACAAAAAUUUCCCAGAGUUUGAUCUCAAGAAAGAUGAAGAGUUGAUUGCCGAGGAGCUGGAGGAAGCACAGGAGACGCUAAAGCAAUUGCAGGAUAUUUUAAGAAAUCUGUACCACUCAGAAGAAGAUACUAAUAGCUGUCCUGUAUCAGAAGAGGCUGCUGAGGACUGUGUAAGCUCAGAAGAAUGGCUGAAGAUGUUUGGCUUGAAGCCACAGAAGCUCCUCUUUUAUGAAGCCCUAGCAGACUGUGCCUUUCGCCAUAGUGACGGAGUAGUGGAUAUUAGGACCAAACCGGAGGAUGAAUCUGUGCAAACAGAUGCAGAAAACAAUGUGAAACUGAUCAAUGCCAAGUACUGUGACCAGUUUGUCCAUAUUCUUUGGAAAGAUGGUUCUGUGGUGCAUGUCCAUAUCAGUAAGGAGAAGUACAGAUGGUAUGAAGAAAGAAUGAAAACUGCAUUGAACAAGUUGGAAAGAAGAGUAAAAUGGCUUCAAAAAGGGAGCAGAGAGCUGUUUGGAACUAUACUUGAGGAUCAAGUCUAUAUUCUCAUUGACACUUCCCAUUCCAUGAAAGACAAGCUGUUUUUGGUGAAGGAAAAAAUAUUUCAGCUUAUGCAGGAGCAACUUAAACACAAAAAGAUGUUCAACUUUGUAAAGUUUGAUGCAAAAGUAGAGGCUUGGAAAGCAAAGUUAGCAGAAGUUAAUAAAGAAAAUAUGAAGGAAGCAUCAUACUGGGUUAAGGAAUUGCAGGUUGGCAGCUCAACAAAUACCCUGAAGGCUCUCCAGGUGGCUCUGUCCGAUAGUAAUACCCAGGCAGUUUAUUUACUUACAGAUGGACGUCCCGAUCAGCCAACAGAAACAUUUCUUGAACACAUCAACCUGUUCAGGCCUGUGCCUAUCCAUACAAUUUCAUUUAACUGUGAUGAUACCGAGGCUAAUAGCUUCUUGUAUGAGCUCUCCAACAAGACCAGCGGUCGUUUCCAUGCUUAUACAAGUCAAUUAACAAACCCUGAUGCUCCACAACCUUUUGUGAGUGAAGACAUAAAACUCCUUUUAAAUGAGAUUGAUGAAGGGAGAUCCAACUUGGAGAAGGUCAAAAAACUUCAUGUUGAAUGUUUAAUGCUGGACUGGUACCACAAUGGAGCCAAGGAUCUAUCACACAGGCCACUCGAAACUCAAAGCCUGUCUUCUCAGGAAUUCAAAACGUUCUCACCAUUAUUACAAAUAACAAGAAGUUUAAAUCAACCUAGACUAAUCCGAAGGAAGAAAAUCCGGCAUGCAGAGCAUACAAAGUCUAGUAUCCUCAGAGCUCUGAGUCACGGUGUGACACUGUCUGAGAGUACAGCAGACCUGGACAUGCCUCCUGAAACCAGAGAACUUUUCCUCAUUAAGGACAAGAAAACUAACUCCGUCCUGAAAGAUUUAAACAUUAUAGAGAGGAACAGCUUGCAAGAAAAACCUAAAAGAAAACCUAAAACUGGUCUAGACAUUUCUUCAUCACGCUGGCUGAAGACACAUGGGCUGGUUGCUAGAAGGCUCACUAUAAUGGACGCCCUGGCCCCAACCACUAUUCCACACUCUUCUACAUAUAUUCCAGUUCUUGACAAGCAUGUUGUUUCUAAAGUGUUUGAUGAGGUGUUCCCCUUGGCUCACGUAAGUGGAAACAGGAAACUUAUCACAUUAAUUAAUCCCCAAGCUGUGAAUCUCGCAGACUACAAGGAGAAGCUUGAGCAGGCAAUUAAGUCAUAUGAAAGGCGUCUAAAUUUAAUCGUGUGGAGAGCUCUAUCGCAGAUAGCAAGAGAUAAAUUUGACAGCGAUGUACCAGUAUCAUACUUGGAAAAUAAAGAGGCUCUGCUACAGGCUCUAGAUAGGCUUGGGUGGCCUGUCUCUGCUGAAGACGUUAUGCUGCUGGAAGAUGAAAUUGUGACUGGGAAAACGUAUCUUCAGCAAGCAACAGAUCUGCAAGAGGCUAGCAAGAAUAACUCAAAGGAACAGUCCAGUAAGGAAGAGCAUGAAAAGCAAAAGACUGAGAAAAAAGUGAAAAGACAACGACUAGAUGCACUGCGAGGUCAAAAAGUCAUUGCAAGGUCUGAGGUUGAUGGAUUUUACUAUUCAGGCACAGUGUUAAGAAGUAUUAAUUCCAAAAGGGCCCUUGUGGAUUUCGUGCAAGGAGAAAAUCUAAUUGUUCCCAUCAGAUUUAUUUUACAAACAGGUGGAGCCAUACCCUGGCCGAUUUUGAAGGUUGGAGAUUGUGUUUUUGCAAAAACUGGGGCAAAAGGAGGAGGUGGUUGCUAUCUACCUGCUGUGGUCAUAGCAACACCAAGGUCUGAAGCAGCAGAUAAGCUAUAUACAGUUCUCUAUUACAACAACAGAAAAGGACAUUGUUUAAGGAGUGAGCAAUUUAAAAUAAGCCCAUCUCAGUUUUCUGUUUCCUGUAGCUAUAUCAGAAAAGCCCAGAUGAUUGAUUACACCAUCCCAAGCGUCCAGUUUGUUGAGCCCAUCCUAAAACCAUCCCCACCAAAGGAAGAAAAGAAGAGCAGAUCUUUGUCAACGGGAAGCAGGCGUUCAUUGAAUUUGCAUGUAAGACCUAGGACACCUGAUGGCAAUGACAGUGACUCUUCCACUAGUGCUGACAGCACAAGCAAAGACAAUAAUCUUCCAAGUGAAAACACUAACAAGAAACUAGAAGAUUUGGCUUUGCAAAUUAGUCAGCACCAAAAAGAGCAAAAAGAAAAUCAACAGCAAAUACAGAGGCUUCUUAAAGAACUAACAAAACUGAGUUCCCAUCAAGGUAAAAAUAAAAUGAAAGAAGAAGAGGAAAAAGACCUAACAGAACAGAAAAUUGAUCUUCUUGAGCAGUUGAAAAUGCUGAUACCCAUUAGUAACACGAAAAAGGAAGUGGAUGUGAAACCAGAUGUCAGUGCUAUACAGCCAGCUGUUCCCGGACAAAAGGUGGUGUCUGUCUGCUCUCACAAUGGAUGGUAUGAAGAAGGAUUUAUUAUCCAUGACUGUGGAGAUCUCACCUAUUUUGUCAAGAGGGCCUCUGGAGAAGUAGCAAGGAUACAAAGGGAAGACAUACUGAGUGAUGCUGAUGACUACACAAAGGAGAUAAAGGAAGGUGACUGUGUGAUUGGACCACACCCUUUGCUUCCUGGGAGCUACUGUCCAGGAAUUAUUGUGAGAUGUACUCCUGAUCUUAAAGUGAUGAUACUAUAUCAGGAUAAUAGUGAAGCCAUCGCUCCAAGAGAACAGGUUUACCUGAUAGGUCCUGACAAGUAUGAACGUGCUACUGCAUACAUCCUGCAAUGCAAAGAGCGAUGGGUUGGGCAGCCUGUCAUUGCCAGGAAUGAUGACACUGGAGCAUUUCAUUUAGCUGAAGUACUGAAGCAUGCUGAUGACGGGAAACAGUAUGUCAUUUCAUGGUCAGAUGGCAAAACAACUACUCAAGACAUAGAGUGGAUUUUUGGGAAGUUCAGCCAGCCACACAUUCUCAGUGUUGGUGACCAUGUGUUGACUUUGGCCAAUCCAUCUACGUUCACAUUCCUUCCUGGUGUCAUUAUUGGUGUCAAUGGAGCAAAGCUACAGAUAAACUUUUGUGAUGGAAGAAGGUGUAACAAUGUAGAAUCUUAUCACUGCUUUGGCCUUUCCGAGAAGAAGUAUAACAGUGCUUUUCAAUUCUACCAGCAGUGCAAGCAGAGACAAGAUGCAGAUAAACACUAUAUAUCCUCAGAUACUGAAGAUUCCCUAUCAGAUAUCUCCUCUUUCACAGUAUCAUCAGUUGGGUCAAACAGAAAAGCUGUAAGAUAAAUGACUACAGAUCACUGAUACACAGAAUGCUUCAUUUUUUUAUAGGUUAGGUU